GGAAGCGGAAGUACCCUAUCAAAAAGUUGAGUAGUAGCUGUGAGUUGUUGGCACUAGUGCAUCUCGGCUCCACGUGCUGUCGCGGCGUGAGAGUAGGGGGCUGAGUGCAGGCAGUCGCCGCGAGGGCCGCCCUCUGCUAGCUACACCGGCCUCAAGUUACCCCUCUUCUUUUUGUGAGUGUUGCACGAAAGUGCUGCGACAUGGACACUCCCCCGCUCUCAGGUUCAGAGUCGGAUUCUGAGGAUUCUUUGGUCACAGACAGAGAGUUGCAGGAUGCGUUUUCCCGAGGGCUUUUGAAGCCAGGCCUCAAUGUCGUGCUAGAGGGGCCGAAGAAGGCCGUGAACGACGUGAAUGGCCUGAAGCAAUGUUUGGCUGAGUUCAAGCGGGAUCUGGAGUGGGUUGAAAGGCUAGACGUGACCCUGGAUCCGGUGCCGGAGACCAGUGGAUCUGAGGCUCCAGCAACUCAGAACAAAGAGCAGAGAGGAGUUGAUCCAGAAGACGACUUCCGGCGGGAGAUGAGUUUCUACCGCCAAGCCCAGGCCGCCGUGCUUGCAGUAUUACCCCGCCUCUAUCAGCUCAAAGUUCCUACUAAGCGGCCCACUGAUUAUUUUGCAGAAAUGGCCAAGUCUGAUCAGCAGAUGCAGAAGAUUCGACAGAAACUGCAGACUAAACAAGCUGCCAUGGAGAAGUCUGAAAAGGCUAAGCAACUGCGAGCGCUUAGGAAAUAUGGAAAGAAGGUGCAAACAGAGGUUCUGCAGAAGAGGCAGCGGGAGAAAGCACAUAUGAUGAAUGCCAUUAAGAAAUAUCAAAAAGGCUUCUCUGAUAAACUGGAUUUCCUUGAGGGAGAUCAGAAACCUGUGGCUCGAGGCACGAAGACAGGAACUAAAGGCCGGCAGAUGAAGAAGGGGCCCAGUGCUAAACGACGGUAUAAAAACCAGAAGUUUGGUUUUGGUGGAAAGAAGAAAGGCUCAAAGUGGAACACUCGAGAGAGCUAUGAUGACGUAUCUAGCUUCCGAGCCAAGACAGCUCAUGGCAGGGGCCUCAAGAGGCCUGGCAAGAAAGGAUCAAAUAAGAGACCUGGAAAACGCACAAGAGAGAAGAUGAAGAGCAGAUCACGCUAAAUAGCAUCUUUGCAUACAAAGAAUCAAGAAAAAGAGAUGAAGACUUUCAAUUUUACCUAUGGUUGAAUCCCUUCUGUUGUGUCAUUUUGUAAAAAAAAAAAUUCUUUCAAUAAACAAAAAAUUAUCAAAGGAACAUAUACCUUUGGUUAAAAACUCAGUA